AUGAAAUCUUUCAUAACGGCUGCGAUAAUUUUUAACCCCAUGUUCUAUGUGGGGUUUUCUGUGGCUCACACAAGACCUUCUUACUGCAGAAUAUUAUGUUUGGACGCGUUGCUUCAAAUUCAUCUUUUCACCCUGCCUGGUUUCAGACUAUGUUGUAGAGUAGAGGAAUCUAAUGAGUGUUACCAGCAUCUCUGUAGACUUGUAAACAAAUAUCCGACAUCCGAGUGUCCCGGAAUCUGUCGAUUCACGGCGGCAGAAUACAAUAGAAUCGGCGCUAUAGGCCCUGAAGAGGAAGGCAGAAUGCCUUCUAAAAUUUGUUUGAACCUUGCUUGGAUUACAACUGCGACUCCAACUCCAACAACAACAGAAGCAACAAUGCGGUUGCGCGCGGCCCGCUCAAUCGCGUAUUUCAGAGACCUAGAUACGGAAUCCAACACUUGCGAAAGACUAUGCGAAAGAUUAUUCAAUAGAAUUGUUGACGAUUCCUCUUCUUGUACUCUAGCCAAUGACCGUAAAUGUUUUUUUAAAAGUUGUCGAUAUAUAAUUGGUGACGUCGCUGACCUAGAUGAUUAUGAGGAAUGUCCUUCUAUAUGUUAUUCUAUGUCAGAUGGAAUGCAUUAUCUUUAUCUACCUGUGCCAUUGACAAUGAAGGCAGUUAGAAACAUUUGCAACACCUUUGAUUUCCCAGAGAAUACUAGAAAGCCUCGAAGAACAACGGAAAGUACAACAGCAGUGACCUAUCCAAAAAAACAAGUUUUCGAUUGCACAGAGCUAUGUGAACACGUAUAUCCUGAAAUUCUUGAGCGUUAUAAGUACCUUUGUCCGGUUCGAGAAAAAAAACUCUAUUACUGUGUUCUCAGUUCUUGUAAGGAAGUUAUUAACCGAACAGUUAUGGACGAUGGCAGAGAUCCCAAGGAUGCUUGUCCCAAAAUGUGUUUGUCCAUGGCAACCGCAAUGCUUGGCCGCAACAUGGAUAGACGACUGUAUGGAAAAGAAGACAAUGGGCUAUCUAAGUACGCUCAAGCAAGAGACCACCUAAUAGCAGAGCUCAUUUUAACAGAUAUAUGCUUUUGCGGUGUGGAACAUGAUGUUAAUCACUGCUUUCUUCAUUUGAAAUGGAUGAGCAGGGAGAAAGUAAACCGAGAUGUUCUUGUUACUAGCCAAUUUCCUUUCUCGCUCUUUAAUGGAGUCUGA